AUCUAGUCUAGAGAGAGAAGAAGGUUUUUGAGAGCGAGGGCAAAAAAUGGCGGUUUCCCUGGGCGUGUUUUCGAGUUUCGCGGCCGUCGAAACGGCGUCGCCGACCAAGUCAUCUUCGUCAACGUCUUCCCGUUUCGGAGUUCGUUCGGUUCCUUUCGGAUCCCGAGUCAACCUGCGCAGUGCACGCACCGUAACAUCGGCCGCCGCGUCGAAGCCGGCGACGGAGGCCGCCGGGAAGGGAGAGCCGAAGGGGAUCAUGAAGCCCCGGAGGGUGUCCCCGGAAAUGCAAGCGUUCCUCGGCGGCGUCCCCGAGAUCGCUCGCACCCAAGCCCUCAAGGAGAUUUGGGCUUAUAUCAAAGAACACAAUCUUCAGGACCCUCAAAACAAGAAGAUCAUUGUCUGUGAUGAAAAGCUGAAGAAAAUUUUUGCAGGGAAAGAACAAGUUGGGUUUCUUGAGAUUGGAGGAUUGAUCAGUCCUCACUUUCUAAAGUGAGCCUUUUGCAGGAGAUUGGAGAUUGAAUUUUGGAAGUCAUCCCAUGAAUCUGUUUUUUUGGGUAAAAGGGGGGUCGGUUUUCGGUUGGCAAUGCCCUAAAUGCGUCGUAGCGGUCUAUUUGCACUUCUUUUCAGAUGCCUUCAUACAAAGUCGUGCUCUAUUUUGGUUCUAUAUAGAGCUCUUUUGCUUGUCUUUAUAUGUAGGCUUCGGAAUGCAAUGUUUGUAGUGACUGUCGAUUUCAGGUUUGGUUAUCUUGUUAACUUCUAGAGGAACGUAUGCAACAUUUAGGAGAUGUUUAUUUUAAUGACCUUUAGAUCUC